AUGCCUCCUCCCGUACGUGCUGAGGUGGCGCUGGUAUCCCUCCAGAAUUGCCUGGUGAAUCUGCCUCCUGGACUGAUUGCAUUGAUCAGCAAUACCAAUAUUCCCGCUCAAAAUGUUGUCGUCGAGCUACAAUAUCGGUCCCAGACCCUCUCCUCUGGCGCUGUCUCCAGUGGCAAUAGCGCCGGCUUCCAACGAUCUGCCUACGUUGGCUGGACAGGGAUGCCUAGCCGGGCGAGACCGGCGUCACUUCUGAAUAGCGAACGAGCUCGACCAGGAACCAGAGAACAGGAUGGUCAAACCGUCGAGAUUGAUGCGACAUUCGCAAAGCUGCUCGGACUAUCUGAGGGCCAGAAAAUCGGUAUACUGGUCCAUCUUGACCCGCCUGUUGCUCACAGUAUCAAUAUCGAGCCACUGACACCUGCCGACUGGGAGGUUAUUGAAUUGCAUGCCACUUUCCUGGAAUUGAACCUCCUAUCUCAGAUUCGUGCACUUCCAAAUCCUGCAUACAGCAGUAAAACUACCGUUCAGGCAGAAAAUACCCACCCCUUGACCCUACACCUGUCACCAACAUCAACAGCGAAUAUCGUCGUUACUUCUUUGGUACCGCCGGUCCCGAAUACCGUACCAUUCGCAAAAAUAGCCCCAGACGCCGAGGUUAUUGUUGCGCCUAAGACUCGACCCAAAUCUGGUAGGAAUGACAGAAGGGAUGCAAGGAGCACAGCAAGCAGGAGAAGCGGCAAAAGCGGUGUCAGUAAUGCCCGUAAUAGGACGGGGCCCACAAAACCUGCAGUGUUCAUGCGUGCGAUCGAUCGAACAAUAGCCGGGAGCUUUUUCGACGAAGACCUAAACCCAUCGCAACGCAAUAAACUGUGCAUCUGGCUCAGUAAUGAUGUGAUUGAGUCUGAGAGUCUGAGAGCUGCGACAUGGGCAAAUGUCACUAUUAUCAAACCAGCCGGUAUGCGGGUUCAACUGGAUAGUAGUCAAGUCAACCGGCUCAAGGAAGAAGAGAACAGCGAAGUUGGAAGGCCGGCUUCUAAAGUGGUCGCCCAAAUCCUUCCCUGGCCUACCCCGGUUGACAGGAAUCACGCGGUUCUAUCCGCCUCGCUUUGCAAAAUGCUUGGUGCCGAAGGGAUGGUUGGGAUCAUUGUUCGAAUUCAAGCUACGGGGCCGCCGUUGCCCCGAUAUUCUAUUAAAAAGUUCCAGUUCUAUCCCUUUCUGCCCGCGAAUUCAAAAAAGAAAGAUGGUCUCCAAUUUGGUGGAGAUUCGAAAGCAGCAAAACAAGCCCUGGCUGACAAAAUCCGACUGACAUUCGCCGGAGAGGACGGAUUGCUGUCAGGGCCAGUCACUGACGGAAUGAUUCUCCCGGCCUCUGGAGACUCCUCUUCUGCGGCAUCGUUUGAUGGCGGUAUUCUCAGAUUUCGCCGUCCAGCUGAGGCUGAAGAAGAUCCCGACAAUUCUUGCCCGUGGGUGCUAGGACAGGAGCAGGACCAUGAAUUUGAGAUCAAGGCUGAAGUUGCCCGGUCCGUGGAAUUGACGACCAUAUUUCCAACCUUCGCCCAUGGCAUACCUAACAAGCUUCCCAAGCUGAUAGGCGUCGAUGGUAUCUUAAAGCAAUGCUUUUCAAAUCUAACUUUGUGUUCGUCUGUUCUUUUGACUGGCGGCGUUGGGUCAGGUAAGACUUCGCUCGCUCAUUGCAUAUCACAACAGCUGCGGGAGGAUUACGUCUUCAACGUGACGUAUUUUGAUUGCCAGAAGCUGGUAACCGACGAAACAAGAGUCUCCACGGUAAAGGAAAAUCUUACGAGGUUAUUCAUGUCGGCGUCUUGGUGUGCAAGAUUAGGCGGACAGUCAGUCGUCGUCCUUGAUGACUUGGACAAGAUUUGUCCCGCUGAGACUGAACUGGAGGUCGGAAAUGACAAUGGGCGCAGUCGACAAAUCACCGAGGUUCUGUGUGCCAUUGUGCGCCAAUACUGCAGCAUCCAUUCUGGUGUCACUCUUCUGGCAACUGCACAGUCGAAGGAUUCGCUCAACAGUAUCAUUAUUGGAGGGCAUAUAGUAGGCGACAUAAUCUCCAUAAAAGCACCGACGAAGGAAAUCCGGCGAGACAUUCUUGUGUCACUCACAAAUGACGGGUCGCAAGUCAACAGCCAUGGCCACAGCAGAAAUCAAAGUGAUACGCAAAGUAUGUCUGAGAAUUCUUGGAUGGAUCCGUCAAACCCGUCGUCAAGACCAACGUCUGCUGCUUCAUCACCACCAGCUGAAGGUUUCCACCUCGCUCCCAGUCUCGAUCUUCUCGACGUCGCUGGAAAAACCGAUGGCUACAUGCCCGCCGACCUCGUACUCCUCCUGGCCCGCGCCCGAAACGAAACGCUAACACGCAUGAUAUCAGACAACGAUGACUCAGACGCACCACCCACUCUCACGAAAGCCGACUUCGAUGCCGCGUUGAAGAAUUUCACGCCUUCUUCCCUUCGAAACGUAACAUUGACUCACUCAACGACCACUUUUUCCUCCAUCGGCGGUCUACACGGCACCCGCAAUACCCUCCUCGAAACACUCCUGUACCCGACAAAAUAUGCACCCAUCUUCGCUCGCUCUCCACUCCGUCUCCGCUCGGGACUUUUGCUCUACGGAUACCCCGGUUGCGGCAAGACACUCCUUGCCUCUGCCGUAGCCGGCGAGUGUAACCUAAACUUCAUCUCCGUGAAAGGCCCAGAAAUCUUGAACAAGUACAUCGGCGCUUCUGAAAAGUCCGUGCGAGAUCUAUUUGAGCGCGCUCAAGCUGCGAAGCCAUGCGUAUUGUUCUUUGACGAGUUCGACAGUAUUGCGCCUAAGCGAGGCCAUGAUUCAACGGGGGUAACGGAUCGAGUGGUAAAUCAGAUGCUUACGCAGAUGGAUGGCGCCGAAGGGCUCGAAGGUGUCUACGUGCUAGCAGCGACAAGUCGGCCGGAUCUUAUUGACCCAGCCCUUCUCAGACCGGGACGACUAGACAAGAGUCUGUUGUGCGACAUGCCAGAAAUGAAUGAUCGGCUGGAUAUUUUGAAAGCAGUCAGCACAAAACUACGCCUGAAGCCCGAAGUUGAGAAUCGGUUACUCAGCGUCGCGCAGCGCACCGAGGGGUUCAGUGGUGCAGAUCUCCAAGCGCUCAUGUACAACGCUCAUCUUGAGGCCAUUCACGAUUUGUUAGGUGACAAACCAUCCGAUCGGGAAAAGGGCAGGGAACUGGUCAACGGGACCAACAGCAGCAGCGGUGGCGCCACCGGUGGAGGAGGAAAACGGCGCAAACGCCACAGCACCCAGGGCAAGCACGAUUUCUUCCAUUUUCUGUAUUCGCCCGAAGAAGACGCACUGGCCAAGAAGUUCUUCGGCACGGGCGCCUCGGCGAUGGAGUCAAAAGCGGCCAUCGCCUCGAAGCUAGACGAGCUGAAACUGGCGCGCAAACGCGAAAAGGCCGCCCUGAAAAACACCUUUGCACGUCGCACACCGUCGUCGACUGUGUCAUCUGCUCUCACUCCCGCCAACGACCGAGACGCCGAUGGAGACGGCGACAGCGGGGCGGAACCCGGCGGGUCCGGAGGCAAGGACGAGGUGGUGAUCGAGUGGCGACACAUGGAGAAAUCGCUCGCGACGACCCGCAGCUCCAUCAGUCCUGAAGAGAAGCGUCGCUUGGCCGCCAUCUAUGAGGAGUUCGUGGUCGGGAGGAACGGCGAGAUGCCCUCUGGUCAAGGCGGGACGGGAGUCGGGGGGAGGACAAGUUUGAUGUAA